CUGCACCAGUCAGGAGGGAGAGCAGCUUGAACUGAAGCAGGAGACUGAGACCUUUAUGUUGACUCCUAGUUAUGAGGAAAGUGUGACAUCCAGCGAAAGUAAACAACACAAGCGCCUGUAUUGUCAGCUGCUCGCACGUGUAGAGCUGGCUGUAAAAAACGAUAUUGUAGACGUUGCGGAGGUAAUUAUUCCAACAAUGUCCUCAGUUGAGUCUUUCAGAGAGUUUGUCACCGAGCGACUAACUGCCGCUGCUCAAGAAAUAUUCGGAGUCUUUGAAAAAACUAUCUUCCAGUACGAGGAAGAGGUCGACCGUCAGCGCAGACUGUUGGAUAUCGUUUGGAAACCUGCAAUAAAGCUACACAGGAUAGUGUCUGUUCCACGAGCAGCUCCACCAGCUCCUUCGUCUGAUUCUCAGCAGCAAGUCUGGACCGUGCUGAACAGUGCUUUAGAUAUCAGUGAUAUUUUAAGUGAUGACCUGUGCUUCGGAGAAGAUGGCAGGCUUGUGACCAGCACACCAAAUGGAACCUUGCCAAUUUUCGAAGACUCCCUCCAACUAGGGCCUUCUAUUGAUGCAAUCGCCGACCUCAUUUCUGUGCCUGAGCUCAUGGAUAUGGACUUACAACCUCCAUCUGCGACCGCCUCUGAUCCUCAACCAUCUGCGACCGCCUCUGAUCCUCAACCAUCUGCGACCGCCUCUGAUCCUCAACCAUCUGCGACCGCCUCUGAUCCUCAACCAUCUGCGACCGCCUCUGAUCCUCAACCAUCUGCGACCGCCUCUGAUCCUCAACCAUCUGUGACCGCCUCUGAUCCUCAACCAUCUGUGACCGCCUCUGAUCCUCAACCAUCAGCGCCCGCCACUGAUCCUCAACCAUUUGCGCCUAGAAUGAGACCACGGGCCCCCUGUGGAGUGAAGUGUCGGCGUCAGUGCUCUACACACUUUUCAGAGGAACGAAGGAUGACCAUUUGUAGGGAGUUUUGGGGCCUGAGCUACAAGGACAAGCGAGCCUUUGUUUUUCAUUCUGUCAGUCAAAUGGGGAGGGAGAAGGUCUGUGCCCGCCCCAGCAGGAGAGGCAGGACCUUUGUUUACCGGCUGAAGGAUGCCAAAGAAAAUCCCCACCAGGUGUGCAAGCUGUUCUACCUUUCCACUCUCGGCUACCACCCUGGGAAUGACAGCAUCGUGCUGUCUGUCAUGCAAAGAAAUGUCAACAGCCCUAGCCCCACCGCGAGAUGGAAGAGGUAG